AUGGAAGAAUUAAAAGCAUUUGUUACUAAAUUUGAUGGUGCACACUUACCCACAAUAGAUGAUGAUGAUUUACGUCAAACCUGUUCCCAUCUAAGAGAUCAUGCCACAGAUGAUGUCAAUACAAGCUUACAAGUUAUACAAUGCCUGUCGUAUUUCACUAUGGAUAAAGAGCCCAGAGGCUCUAAAUGUUUGGAGACUAUUAAGAUAGUAGUUGAUAAAUUGACUAAUGACACCAAUUGGAGUUAUGAUGAAUUGCUAACGUGGUUAAUUGACAGAUUAAGACCACUUCUCUUGAGAACUAAAGAGAGUUCUAGGCAAUCCAAUAAGAAUGAAAACAAUGCACUCAAGCCCAAAGUAGGGCAAUCGUAUAAGGAAGAUGAACAAAGACAGGCAUGGAGAAAUGAAGGCGGAUUGAAAAGCAUUCCAUUUUUCUACGUGGUAUUGUUUAAUUUGAAGAAUAGACAUGUGUCUUCCAAUCUGUGGUGGAUUACACCUGGCAUUUUAAACAUAUUAGAUGAUACUACAGAUAUUGUAGGUGUUAAAUUAAAAGGUGUAAUUCUACUGAGAGUUUUCCUUGAAAAUUGUUUUGAAGAUCAAAAGAACUGGGUUUCAUUUAGUGAUUUAGGUCUUUACGAACUGUAUUCACCAAUUCUUUGGAACCUCUGCUACUACUUACCACCAUCUUAUGAUUCUAAUACCUCUUUAAGCAUACUACAGACCGUUUUUCCCACAUUGAAUUCCCUAUAUCGUUUACAAUUCAUCAGCAGUGAUUUGAAAUACAAGUAUCAUCUAGGAAAAUUCUUAUCAGAAAUUUUAUUACAGAAUUUAAUCCCAAGAGUCAAUUUCAUUAGUGAACCAUUGACAGCUUACGCUCUCGACGUAUGCUGUCGAUGUGUCAGGAUUUUGGGCGUAUCAUCGGCGGUUCAUCUACAACGUAUGAUUUACGUUCUAGGGGAAUAUCUAGUGAGAAAUCCAUUCUUCACAGCAUUUGAUUCGCUAAUGGACAAUACUUUAAGUCUAAUACACACCAUGAUAGUCGAAUGUCCUGCAGAAAGAGUCGUUGCGCAUAAAUACGAUUUCUACGGAUUACUGUUGAUAUCAUUUGGUAAGUGUAAGCAAGAAGGUAAACUUACACAAGAAAUUAUGCGUAAGUUCAAACGCAUUCGUGAAUCGAUGAAAGCCACCGGAUGCGACCCUAACGAGGAUAAGGAUGAAAUUUUAGCAAACCACAGGUACAUGGAAGAAUUUUUCAACUAG